GAGUCUGGAGAGCGGCUGGAGCCCUGCGGGAGCUAGAGGUGCUGGAGGCCGGCGGGAAGCGGGCGAGCCGCGGGAAGCAGGCACCAUGGUGCUGUCGGUGCCUGUGAUCGCGCUGGGCGCCACGCUGGGCACCGCCACCAGCAUCCUUGCGCUGUGCGGGGUCACCUGCCUGUGCCGGCACAUGCACCCCAAGAAGGGGUUGCUUCCGCGGGACCGCGAGCCAGACCCUGAGAAGGCGAGGCCGGGUGUGCUCCCGUCGGCCCAACAGUUCAGCGUUAAAAAGUCCACGGAACCUGUCCAGCCCCGACCUCUUCUCAAGUUCCCAGACAUCUAUGGUCCCCGGCCAGCUGUGACAGCCCCAGAAGUCAUCAACUACGCGGACUACACUCUGGGGACCACAGAGGAGUCUGCUGCACCUGCCAGUCCCCAGGCCCAGGGUGACAGUCGCCUUAAGAGGCAGGUCACAGAGGAGCUGUUCAUCCUUCCUCAGAAUGGUGUGGUGGAGGAUGUCUGUGUCAUGGAGACCUGGAACCCAGAGAAGGCUGCUAGCUGGAACCAGGCCCCCAAGCUCCACUUUCGCCUGGACUAUGACCAGAAGAAGGCCGAGUUAUUUGUGACUAGCCUGGAAGCUGUCACCAGUGACCAUGAAGGCGGCUGUGACUGUUACAUCCAAGGCAGUGUGACCAUCAAGACUGGCUUUGUGGAGGCACAGACAGCUCUCAAGAAGCGGCAGCUGCACACCACUUGGGAGGAGGGCCUAGCCCUGCCUCUGGGUGAGGAUGAGCUCCCCACAGCCACCCUGACACUCACCCUGAGGACCUGUGACCGCUUCUCCCGCCAUAGUGUGGUUGGGGAACUCCGCCUAGGCCUAGAUGGAGCGUCUGUGCCCCUGGGGGCAGCACAGUGGGGUGACCUGAAGACCACAGCAAAGGAGCCAUCUGCAGGGACUGGGGAGGUCCUUCUGUCAAUCAGCUACCUCCCAGCUGCCAAUCGCCUCCUGGUGGUGCUGAUUAAAGCCAAGAACCUCCACUCCAACCAAUCGAAGGAACUUCUGGGCAAGGAUGUCUCCGUCAAGGUAACCUUGAAGCACCAGGCUCAGAAGCUGAAGAAGAAACAGACAAAACGGGCCAAGCACAAGAUCAACCCUGUGUGGAAUGAGAUGAUCAUGUUUGAGCUACCCGAUGACCUGCUGCGGGCAUCCAGCGUGGAGUUGGAAGUGCUGGGCCAGGGAGAGGAGGGUCCGAGCUGUGAGCUGGGCCACUGCAGCCUAGGCCUGCAUGCCUCGGGCUCUGAGCGCAGCCACUGGGAGGAGAUGCUAAAAAAUCCACGCCGGCAGAUUGCCAUGUGGCACCAACUGCACCUGUAGUCGGCUGCUGGCCACCAGCCUUGUCCUUCUUGGGCACAGUCAUCCUCCAGACUCAGCUUCAGUCGUCCACUCCUGCCCCUGUCCACAUGCCUACACCCUAAGACAGACGCAGACAUGUUGGCUGCAGCCGGGGCCUCAUUCCUCUCUUUCUAUAUCUCCAACACUAAAAAGUGAGCAGAGCCAUCAGGGUAGUGAGUGGGACUGGCACAUCAGGGCCACUCAGAAGACUGUGUCUUGAUCAUCUGUGUUAUGGAAAAAGAUGUGUGCCAGGUACACUCUGUCUUGGCUCACUUUAGUCUAAAGCAGCAGUUCUCAACCUGUGGGUCCUGACCCCCUUGACAAACAUCUGUCUCCAAAAAUCUUUACAUUACGAUUCACAACAGUAGCAAAAUUAGUUAUGAAGUAGCAAUGAAAAUGAUUUUAUGCUUGGAGGUCACCAUAACAUGAGGAACUGUGUUAAAGAGUCUCACCAUUAAGAAGGUUGAGAACCACUGGCUGGCCAGCAAGUCCUUGGGCCACUGGGGUCACGCCAUAUUGAUGCUCUGAACGGAAUUCAUGGGGCAUCUAUCCUUAACAAGCACGGGGUGGGGGGAGAGGGCGCGGCAUCUGGAGUAGAGCAGGAGGGGCUGCGACUGAUGAGAUCUCUUCUACACUAACCAGACAGAUGUUCCAACCUUGUCCUCCAGGAGCUCCACACCAGGGCAGUGUGGGGAAGAGAACUCUCUGCUUACUUAACCCCCCCCCCCGCCUUUUCUAUUCCUGCUGUUCGUAUCCCACUCUGGAAAGGCAUUGUGUGUUUUGACUGUUUUAUUUAAGAAAACAGGGUGGGUUUUUUUAAAAUCAUACCCAAGGAACCCUUUCCCUGACAAGUUCUGGUGGCAUCCUCUGGGGUGGUUGCCACAUUCUGAGGGCUAGCUGACAUGUCCACCAGUGUCACCCACCCCCUCAACUGACUGUGUGGGACAGACCUGUCCUUCUCAGCGUGCCCGUACUUCAGGAGGAAGCAGCUCUGAGCUUGGCCUGUUCCGUCUGUCUGACUAAGUGAAUGAGGAGGGGGAUAACAAAGAGAAAACAUGGCCUCCUGAAAUGUACCUCCAGUUUGGGGGGCGUGUCCCUUUAACUGGAAAAUAACAAGAAGCUAAGUUUGGAAAUAUCUGCCUCAGUUGAUAUUUCUGAUAGAUGCCCCCACUAGGAAUUAAAUGUAAGUGGCUGCAGGCAAAGCUACCCGUGAGCAGAAUUCGAGUUGUCAGUUACUUCCUUGCUCUACAGCGCCUCAGUGUGGCCAUCUGUAGCACAGCACCGAUAUCAUGGGAGCCUGCUAGAAAAGCUUCAGAAGACAAGCAGCCAGGCAUUAAGCAGACAUCAGUUGUCACUACUCACCUGAUGGCACUUCCUAGUUCCUCUCAUGGCUGUGCUCCAAAACUUCCUCUGUAAAUUACUCAGAGGUGUCAGACAGAUGAAUCAAAAACCUUCAGUCACCUUUUCCAUCGGCGUAGCCUGUUUCCAGCCAUGCUUGUAAGUUGCCUCUGAAUCAGCUGAAUCUUCGUGAACAGUUGGGAUCAGUGGGAAGGAACCUAAGUCUUUGCCAGGGAACACUUUCUGGCAAGAGACCCAAGCUGAGGCGAAAAUAAAGUGAGAGGCCAUUUCAGGCUGGGCUGCUGCCGGGCAGUUAGGAGUUCACCCCAGUGCUCCUGAGUCCCCUCCCAAUGUCAACUAGGUAUCUUACCUGUUGAGUGUUUGCCCACCAAGACGUUGCAUGUGUCUGUCCAUUCUGAUCUGAGAUGACUCCAGGGGCGAAUGAACAGCACAUCACCUUAAUGGAAACAACAGAUAACAGGAGCCAGAAGAGCAGGUGGGUUGAACUGCUCUCAGUUGUAAAGGGGCCUGGGGGAAGGUGGCAGUCUCUGAACUGAGCUGAGCUGGGAAUCUUCAGAGGAGAAAGUUAGUCCUGUGGAGUGUUUCUGCCCUUGGUGUUUCCUGUUGUUACAUGCUGCGUGUUCAUUAUGCAGUCCCAAAUAAAAGCACAAAAAGACGCAUGAGACAUUGUGGUCACAUGUCUGGUCACACUUUGGAACACAAAUCUCACAGCGGUAAAUAAAUCAUUUUCCAAGGGUUUGGCA